AUGGGCAUGUUGGAUGAGGAAUUCAACAAUUUCAUGUUCAAAGUGAACGAGGUCAGCAGCAUCAUGCAAAAGUUGAACUCCACAGACAAAGAAGUUCAGAGGAUAGGUGACCUGGAGGCUCAAAGGUAUCUAGGAGAUAAUAGGGAAACGGUUUUGGAGAAAUUGGACGAACAAAAUGUCCAGUUGAAGAUAAAAAGUAACAGGACUUUGGUCAAUAAAAAUGCCUUGAAAAGUGAUGAUAAAGAUCAGGCUACCAUGUCUCAAGAGGCCUUCAUGGAGCAGAUCUCGAAAGAUGCUGAUAAAAGAUACAAAGAUAGACUUGUGAGGAAAGAGAAAAUGGAGACUUUCAAGAAACAAGCCACAUUGGCAUUUCGAAGGGGGGAAUAUGAAAAAGCCCUAAGUUUAUACAGCAAGGCAAUUGAACAAAUUAAAGACAGCUGCCUGCUCUACAACAACAGGGCCCUCACUCAUAUAAAUCUGAAGUUAUACGACAAAGCCAAAGAUGAUUUGGACUGGGCCUUGAGGCUAAACGAAGACUGUUUGAAAUCCUGGUUGUUGCUAGCCAAAGUAAAUUUUUUUAUUAAAGAUCAUCAAGAGUAUAAGAGAGCUAUAGGGGAAGCGUUAGCUAGAAAUCCAGAAAACAAAAAUUUUAUAAAAGAAUAUGUCGCAAAACUGGAAGAACAGUGCAAUGAUAGCAUAGAUCUAUGA